AUGGAUGAGGUACUUGAUCCCUCGCAAUUUCUGAAUACCUUUAUUGCCGGCGAUACUAUUUCUCGCGCGACUUCACCCGGCUUGCCACCUUCUACCUCAGCUGAUAUCGACGAUUCUAAACGAUACCGACCACGAACCUUUGCAUAUUUCCAACUGCUCCCCUACCCCGUCGAAGACGAUUCCGAUCGCGAUGCUGCCCUGCAAGGAAUAUUGAAACAGCUUUAUAUAGCUGUAAAAGCUGAGGAUUUCUCCCCUGGCGCUCUCCAUUGGACGCGCCAGCUCCAAGGAUGGCUGUCUUUGAAGUUCGAUAUGCCUCGCGAGCUCCGCGCGAGGCUCGUCAAGCUAUAUUUCCACCUCUCUCUCGCGCCCGGUCUCGAUAAUAAUUCAGCCGAUCGGUUUUCAAAAAUGGUAGUUACGUUGAUUAGGAGGAAACAAGCUCUUAAGCCCGAAGACGAUUUGGUUCUCGACUGGAGGCCGCUUUGGAAGGAGUUAAAAGCUUUAGUUCUGCCAGGAGAAGCUGCUGCACAUCACUCUUCUCGAAGAAGAGGUGCUAAGCAUUUACGGAAGUUAUGCCUCUACUCACAGCUAUACUUCGAUCCCAGGGAGCGAAGAGCAAUACUGGAAGAGAUCCUGCCUUAUUUCAGCACAUCGGAUAUCCAAAAUGCCUACAUAGUCAUCGGUAUUUUGAAUAUCCUCAUGCCUACCACUCCAGCUCCCCCCACCGAGCCACAGUCUCAACCGUCAGACUUUAUACCUACCUUUUUCCAUCUUUGGUCGUUGAUGACGCGAUCCAAGGUUGUGGACAACGCUUUCAUCGACAUGUUCUCUAGACUAGCCAGAGAUUACCUAACAUGUCGCCAUAUCCUCUUCGGCGAGCAUGGCAUUUUCACGCGGGAGCAGUCCGACCUAAUCUUUACUUCCAUCCUCCGCCUAACCGAGAUUCCCGUCGGACAGGCAAAUUCGCCAUACGCAUCUCUCGACUACUCGGCUGGAAUGGGCAUCUUUCUCGAGAAAGACAAGAAGAAACAUCCAAUAGCCUAUAUUAUUGCUCGCUGGGUUAUAUCUUCUCUGUCACCUCAUUGCCUAGACAAGGAAAACUCUAUCUUGGAUAGUCUGGAAGGGUUGAUGGAAUCGGUUGACACAUUCUUCCACCCAUCAAACCAAGGUUCGUGGACUAAGAUGCUUGCGCAGCUGACUUACUACCUCAGUGAGCUGUUUGUGUCUCGUUGGAACAGGGAACAGAAUGAAGAGCAGGAUACGCCCACCGAACGAAGAAUCAAUGAUGCUCUGAAGCGUAGAUUCGUCUUAAGUUUGCGAGAAGUCACCUUUAUGGGGCUUUUCGGUAAAAGUUCCUCCAUUACCAGCUUGUACUUCAACGCUCUCCAAAACCUUACGUACCUUGAACCCGAUAUGAUGCUACCUGGCGCACUCCAGAGAUUCUACCCAAGUUUGCAAGGGUUGGUCGAAGUGCAUCGGACUACCUCUAGUCUCUGUGGCUUAAACAUGAUCGCCAAUAUCAUGUCGCGCCAGAAGGGCUUUAGAUGUCACAUCACUGCUCUAUUAGCAUUAGCUUUACCUGGUAUUGAUGCUAAUGAUCUUAACAAGACACAGUAUACAUUGAACUUCAUACAAAGUGUUGCGUACAGUAUUCCAUUUGUGACUUUAGCAAAGGAAAACAACAAGAUCCAUGAUACUAGCCUUGCUAUGCAGUGGGUGCAGGGUGAAAUGGAGCGUAUGGAACGCGAGGGUCAAGACGUCAAGAUCGAUUAUAAAAAUGAAUUGACUGAUGAGGACGAAGCGGACAUAGUUCGUUCGUCGACGGCUGGCUUCGGCGAAUUCAUCAUCGCGCUUCUAGGGAAGGUCUUUACGUUAUUGGAAAACCUUCCAGAUGCUGCACAAGUACGAUCGGGAUCCCCCGAGGAUAAUAUCAUCAACACUCUACCAGCUGCAUUGACCCCGAUGUUUGCCUCCCUAUCGCCGGAACUAUUUGACAUUGCCCUAGAGAAGCUCUCCACCUUUGUCUCAAGCCAUGUCGUUCACCAAGCUCGUGAUGCUAUGGCUUGGAUAUGCAACGCACUUUGCAAAGUGAAUCCUGAGAAAACUCUCAAGGUAUUCAUUCCCAUGCUGAUUGUCAACAUCCGCAACGAGAUUGAUUACAACGGUGCCGCAUCCGAUCGGAGUAGCGGUACUGAAGUUCUCCCCCGGGAUAGAGCUCUAGUCUGGCACGUUAGCAUCCUGAGCAUGUGUGUCGUUCACGUUGGAAGCGAGGUGCUCAAGUACAAAAAGGAUCUCUUCGAGAUCGCGGAAUACAUGCAAGAAAAGUGCAAGGGUCUUCCCACCAUCCAUAUCAGCAAUUAUAUACACCAUCUACUGCUCAACCUCACGCAUACGUACCCAAUAGAUACUUCUCUCUACGAACCCGAUGUUAUAGAGCGUGGUCUUGAUGUUGAUGACUGGGGGAAAACUACGACGCCAGCAGAUCUGACUAUCCGAUGGCACCGACCUUUACAGGAGGAAAUCCAAUUCGCAGUUGAAUUAUUUGAGUCCCAAGCUGGGGGGGCUAUGGAGAGACUCGAAUCUUUCAUGAGUGACAACCCCCCUGUUAGCCGCAAGGGGAAGAACAAAGAAUGGUCGGAUGAGGUCUCUCGUCAGCUCACUCAACUGCGACUGGUUAUCUCUGGUCUUGCUGCUCUGUUUGAUCCUAAACAAGCGUCCGGAGAGUCAAAUGGACAUGUUAAUGGCAACGGCAAAGUAGGCGAGCAGGAAGACGAAAUUAUGGACGAUGUUGAUGACGAUGAUAGCGAAAACCCGUUAGCUGAAGUAGGGGAAGAUGACGAGACGAAACCGCAAUUCAAGUACCCAAGCGGUUAUCUACUCACGCAUGGCAGCCAACUUUUCAAUCGAAUCCAUAACCUCCGAGAGGAUAUUGGAAAAUUACUCUCCCGAACCCAUUCCUUCCUCAAUGCCAACCAAGAGGAUGAUGUUGCUUGUUUUACCGCGUUGUAUAAUACGUAUCGUACCUGGAUUACGGAUGUAGGAUUUGAGCGGUCGGCCCAUCCACUGGAUCGUCUCGUUCGGCUCUACAGAGCAGAUAUCGCUCCCUUCAAGAUUAGCGGUCUACGAAAGCCAUACCCUCGGCCUCUUCUUAUCAAACGAGCUGAUGCCUACCAAUUACAACGAGUGAAGCAUAAUGCAUCAGUUCGGAGGAAGAGUGAACUAGACAAGCGCUUGUUGCUUGACCUCGCAGAAUCGUCCGUCUCGUCGUACGCAGAUGUGCGACGAAUAGCACAAGGUGCCCAAGACGCGUCACUGAAAGCAUUAAUAGGUGGCCGCCCACUUGUCAUCCCCGUUAUCCUGGAAAGAUUCCGCAAGGCCCUCGAGGAAACCGAUCACGACCGAAUUAAAGGCGCGAUGUUCACUUUACUCUUUACAAGUCUUCUUAGAACAUUGAUGAGAGACUGGAGAUUCGCUCCUGACUUAAUGCGGUUGUAUAUCCAGACUGCCAAUGUCGACAAAACCUCAAUCCAAAACCUAGGUGCUACUGCCAUCUAUCCGCUUAUCGAAUUCGGCAAACGGUUUGAAUUGAUGGUGUUGACAGAUGAGCAAGUAGUUAAUUUGAUCAAGCCGGACGACGAUUGUUCAAGAGCCAUUGAAUCAAGACACGACUUUAUAGUUGAACGUAGGAAGAAGGUGGAAGAGAAAAAGGCCGCUCUAGGUCUAGAGCUGGCAGAGCUUUCCAAGGAGUCUCACUGGAAGACAGCAAGUCGCUGUGCUAUUUUCACAACUAAUUUGUGUCUACGCUUUGAAAGCAUUGCGCCUCCGGAGUUCAUUGAGCUUAUCGUCAAGGGUACAAAUGAUCCCCACCCCGGUCUAAGAUCUAACUAUCUUAAUGCCUUCUCGAGCAUUUUCACCGCCGUCGAUCAGCGUGCCGUCUAUGGACACAGUUACCGAAACUAUCUCGAGGAAAAAGAAAAAGACCUCAAUAAACUUGUGAUUCCAGUUCCGAAAGGCGACGCCGAAUUUACAGAGACAUUCCUAGAUAGCUUCAAGCAUCCGGAAAGUUCCGAAUACUUCGUCGACACAGAUCACCCAGGUUGGUUGGUCUGGGGUAAACAAUUCAAUGCUUUUAAAGCAAGGCCAGAAAAAUUUGACUCUUACGACGAAGUUGAAAAGGCUGCGAGAGAACAAAUUGGCAAAUUGAUCACGAAGGAGUGGCUCUCCAAAUGCUUCGAUUAUUUGAAGCAAGAACCGCGUGACUCUUCGUCAGAUAGAUUCCGGGCUACGAAUGUUGUAUUCCUCAUGCAUAUUUUUGACCUUAUGAUCUAUGGGCAAACGGAACUCAAAUUUGAGGACGUCAAAGCGCUUGUUGCCGAAGUAUAUGGGGAUGGAAGUGAUAAACAUCAGCAUCGCGCUACGGCCGAAAUUCUGGGCGCCUUGAUGGUUGGGACGGCAUACGAUCCCGUCCACAUGAAAGAAGAGGUGUGGAGCUUUGCACAGCCGAUGAUGCUCGAUAUCAUAGCAGACAAUCUGACCCCUGACAACCUCGCCUACUGGGUUACAUGUCUUCACUUCAUCAUUGACACAAAGGAUCCCCGUCGUGCUCCCGAGCUUGUUAACCGUUUAAGCUCAUUCCGCUUGGACAUGAAUUCUAAUGCUGCCUUCAAGGAGUCCUCAAAAGUACAACUUCUUGAGUAUUUUAUUAAUGGUUGUGGCUGGCAUUAUCGUCAUGAGAAGCCAAUUCUACAAGAUUUCUUAGCGCACAUUGAUCACCCUUAUAAAGCUGUUCGUGAAUCUAUCGGCCGUGUCAUUGCUACUAUCUACAGAACCCGGUACCACGAAUCAUUCGAGAAUGUCGGUGCUCUGCUAGAGCAAAACAAAACAGAUUCUAAUAUUGGUAUUCGACCAUACCAGCCAACUGAUGAAUUCGCUGCAACUAUUCGCGACGUAUUCGCUCGUCUCGAAACAUGGCGCCACGAACGAGCGCCUGGUCAACAAACUCCAUCUCCCUAUACGUCUGGGUCAAAAACUGUGUUAAUAUGGCUAGAUAAUACUCUAUCCUCGCAGGAAUGUAUUCAACUCAUUCCUUUCUUCCCGGAUCCAAUCAUUGACCAACUAUUGCACAUGAUGGAUGUCAAGGAGGAUCCUGAAUUGAUGCGGUUAGCCUACCAUGUUUACCGUCAUUUACCCAAUAUCCCUUUCAGGACUGGCGAGGACGCGCCAUUCAUAGCGGCAUUGAUCCGUCUUGGAACAACCGCUACAAGCUGGCACCAACGUCUAAGGGCGCUCGUCAAUAUGCAAGUAAUCUACUUCCGCCGACUUUUCCUCAUGGAUGCGUCACAACGCAAAUUGCUCUUUAAUUGCGUGGGUGACAUGCUAGCCGACCCUCAACUUGAAGUCCGAACGGUGGCCGCCUCGACACUGGCAGGCAUGAUCAGAUGCUCGCCUGCCACAAUCCGAAACCCCUUCAUUAAGACCCUGAAGUCGCGUUUCGAGAAGCAGCUAGCAGAUAAUCCGAUGCCAAGGAAGAAAAAACCCGGUACCGAAACGCCGGUUAACGUCACCCAACAGGUAGUGAAGAGACAUGCUGCCGUUCUGGGACUUGGAUCCUUAAUCGAGGCAUUCCCAUAUGCGACUCCGCCGCCAAGUUGGAUGCCGGAGGUUCUUGCCUUGCUUGCGAGGCGUGCAGCUAGCGAUCCGGGUAUCGUUGGCAAGGCAACAAAAGGAAUUCUUUCCGAAUUCAAAAAGACAAGACAAGAUAGCUGGGGAGUUGAUCAAAAGUAUUUCACCCACGAACAGCUCGAGGAUCUAGAAGGAGUCCUCUGGAAGAGUUAUUUCGCGUGA